AUGCCCGCGAUCACCGAUCUCGCGUGCACGCGCGACACGUACGCGUUCGAAAAGCGUGGCUGUCGAGUGUUGGAGGUGACGGCGGACGACGACGGAAAGACGACGUGCGUCGUGCUCGACGCGACGAUCGCGUAUCCGCAGGGAGGUGGACAACCGUGUGACUUUGGUCGCAUCACCGGCGAGCGGGGGUGGCGGUUGGAUUACGAUUCGGUGACGAUUCGUAGGGACGACGGCGCGGUGGAGCACCGGGGAACGGCGAGCGGAGACGUCAGAGUCGGCGACGGGUGCGAUGUGACGGUGGAUGAAGAGAGGCGACGGUUGCACGCGAGGAUACACAGCGCUGGACACGCGCUUGACGUGGCGAUGUUGAGGCUGGGGAUCGAUGGGAAGACGUUGGAGCCGACCAAGGGACAACACGGCGCGACGGAGGCGUACGUGGAGUACAAAGGAAAAUUGGACGAGACGCAUGCGUACGGCGAUAAGGAGAAGUUGAUGCGCGCGUUGGAAUCGGAGAUGGCGAAUAUCAUCGCCGAGGGUGGCACGAGUGAGGCGGCGGAGUUGGCGUACGAGGACGCGGUGAAGGCGUGCGACGGCGCGAUGCCGAGUUUCAUCACGCCGGAUAUGAAGCCGCGAAUCGUGACCAUCAUUCCGAACACGCCGGGGUGCCCGUGCGGGGGCACGCACGUUAAGAGCGUGUCCGAGAUCGUCGAUUUUAAGUGCACUGGCGUGCGUGUGAAGAAGGGCGUCACCAGAGUGUCGUAUUCCAUCCCAGGAAUGGAGUCUUGGCAGUGA